AGCAAGCGUAAGCAAGUGGACAAAUCCCAUCAGCUUUAUCAAAUACGUCACAUAUCUAAUGAGCUUACCGAACCCCGCCCUUACCAUGGCUUUGCAUUAUGUUUGACUGGGUAGUUUCAUUCCGCAGCACACCAUCCUCCGUAAUGGCGGUAUCGAUAGCAACAGAGGGGCAUUGACCGGCGAUUUCACCAGCCACCAAAAGAAAACAAAUUGCACUGCCUGGCUGGCUAGCUAACGCUAGCUUCCCAUGGCUAGCAGGCACACGCAUGUGGAAGAAUGUAACGACGGUCGGAAUACUAAACUUUGUGAAAAGCUUCUACUGGAACUAUCUGGAUUUAUUUUGGGGGGAGUUCGUAGCUAGAAGUGUUUGCUAUUGGUGUUAGCUUACUAGCUAGCUCAUUCACUUGCGAAAGAUGGAAAGUGCGCGGUUAUUGGCUUUGGAGGGGAACCGGUUGGAUGUGAAUCUGGAUUCCCUCUCAACAUCAGAUGGAAUAUCAGAAUCUGAAAUUGGAAACAUAACAAGUGGCAACAAGUUUUUAAAGGCCAGUGGUGGUGCACUCUUUCCCACUGGAAAAAGAUCUGCGACGGGGGAAGAAGAUGCUGGUAGCAGGGGCGGGGAAACAAAACUCUUGGGUAAGGGAUUUGCUACCACCUCCCUACUUCACAUAGCUAUUCGGAACGGAAUUUACCAAAACCAGGCCGCUAACAUCGCUGGUAGUGCGGCCAAUCUCAAUAUGACCACUGGUAAAACAUCUAACAUCUACAGCCUCGUAUCGAUUAGCAGCAACACCAGCGUCAACUCGUUGCUAACCAGGAGACGGCGGCACAAAAGGAACCUCUCGGCGGCAGCUUCAACAACCUCAAGUCCGCCCAUAGGGUCCUCCGUCGGGAGAGUGAGUCCUACUUUGUCCAACUCGUCUGUCAACAACACACUCAGCCUGGAUAGAAAGACCUUGCUCCGCCAGAAACAAGCAAAGCAGCUCCAGCCCAACGACAAGGCGUGGGUCCGAGCUGACCUCCAGCGGGGGUGUAUCCACGUCCAUGACCGACUCACGCCCUCUUACCCGCUGGCAGUACUCUGCGCAGUGGACACCACCGCUGGGGAGAUAGCAGCUCUUCUGGGACAGCUUGGAGGUAAAUGUGGAAGAAUAUUGAGAGUGACUCGUAAAGCAAGUGCUUACGUUGACCUGAACGGUAACUGCAAUGGUAUACAUGGGCAUAUUGACAACCAACUUGGUGUGAAUGAAAGUAAUAACGUAAAGACCUCCUUUCCGGAUUCUGUGAUCUCCAAUUCUGGGUCAGAGGAGAACCGUCCAUUCUCUCCAAGUGAGCGGCUGCACAGCAAUAACAACCACACGCAAUAUUACCUGGACACGAAUAUCUUACUUUCAGACUACAAGAUACCGAGCACCUCUUCGUCAGAGAUGUAUCUAAAUGACAGUGAGGGUGCGGAUGUGGGCCUCAGUGGGGCAGACAGUUGUGGAGUCUACUCGGGCUCAGACAUGGAGAACACCUUUGACGAUUUGAGCCCGGGAGGUCCUGGGCCCAGCCAGCGCCGGGACUCCUUCACUGACGCUUCUCCCCUGGUGUGCGACUCCUCGACCCUCAGCCCCAAUUUCGGAUCUGAGCCUGACCCGUUCGAGAGUUCCUCGGACGAAGUCGAGCUCGACCCUUCCCCAACGCGCACAGCCGGCAUCCCUGUUGCCUCUCUACAACAGACCCGGGAGGGGAGGUCUGCGGUCACCUUAACCGAAGCCUGUGACGCACUCGACAAUCGCCAGUUGAAGUCAAAAACGCCGGUAGACCGCCACGCCGCCGAGGAGGAUGGGGAGGAGGGGCGCUCUGGAGGAGAGUCCAGCAGCCCGACGAAGCCGCAGUCGAGCCUCGUCGGUGGCGGCGGUACCUCCCUGACCCGGCCCCUUGCAGGCAGAGCAGCAGUUGAGUGUGACCCGGUGGACCCAGCUGACCCCGGGGAGCAAAGGGAGGGGCUGGGCAUGGAGAAAGCCUCCCCGCACCCGUCCCUUUUCCUCCAGCUGCACGGCGGAGCUGUGAGGAGGCUGGAUGACGACGAGAGGCCCCUGCAGAUACAGAAUGAGUACCUGUCCAGCCUGGGCUACGGAGACCUGUGGAGAGUACAGGAGGAGGGCAUGGAGCCGGAAAUAGGCUGCCUUAUACGCUUCUAUGCAGGUAAGCCGCGGUGUGUGGGCGGAGCCGAGCGGGUGCAGCUGAGUGGCGUGUUUAACGUCAGGAAGGGGAAACUGGCCCUCCCUGUCAACCGCUGGUCGCGACGACACGUCACCCUGAGUGGCACCUGUCUCAUCGUGUCUUCGGUCAAGCACGCUGAAACCGGCAAGAUGCACAUCCUGCCCCUGAUCGGAGGAAAGGUGGAGGAGGUGAGGAGACACAGUCACUGCCUGGCCUUCAGUUCUUCUGGUUCCCAGAGUCAGACCUACUACAUCAGCUAUGACUCUUACACUGAACAUCUCCGCUGGCACAGACACGCUGCCAAGAUUGUGUCACAGAGGGUGAGUUCUGUGGAUCUGUCCUGUUGCAGUCUGGAGGUGCUGCCAUCCCAGCUGUUCUACAGCCAGGACCUGACCCACCUCAACCUCAAACACAACUACCUGACCGGCCUCACACACCUCACCAGGUUCUGCAAGCUGCGAAGCCUGAACCUCUCCAACAACGCUCUGUCGGAGUUUCCCCACGCUGUGUGUGACCUCACCUCUCUGACGGAGCUCAACCUCCAAGGCAACCGUCUAACCUCCCUGCCUGCCACCCUGGGGACCAUGCACAGCCUCCAGACCCUUCUCCUGGAUGGUAACUCUCUAAGCUCCCUGCCUGUUGAGCUGGGCUCCCUGGAGGCCCUUACGUACCUGGGCUUGUCCUUCAACCUGUUCAGCAGUGUGCCUCCAGCCCUGGAGAGACUCAGGGGAGUGGAGAGGCUCUGUCUCGCCGGAAAUCAGCUCUCCUCCCUGGACAUGGCCGGGCUUCAGUGGCUACCCCAUCGACACAUUGAUCUGAGGUUGAACGGGCUCCAGAAGGUCGUGCUCGGGGAGGCUUCCUUGCUGAGCCAUGUGGCCCAGUUAGAUGUGAGGGACGCUGGGUUGAAGGAGCUGGAUGUGAGGCCCCUGUCCAGACUGGAGCUGUUGCGCUGUGACAGGAACACGCUCACAUUUCUCAGAGUCAGCGGGAUAGCACUCAAAAGCCUGCACGCAGCACAUAAUGAGCUGAGAGAGCUGGAAGUGUUUCCUGUUCCAGAGAAUCUCACUGUUUUGGAUGUGUCCAGAAACCGCCUGGAUUGUGUUCCUGACUGGGUGUGUGACAGCGUCAAACUGGAGGUCCUGAACGUCAGCCACAAUGACAUCCAGGAGCUUCCCGUACGGCUGUUCUGCCGUGCUGGUCUUCGUAAGCUGCUGGUGGGGUGGAACCGUCUGCGUGCUCUCCCGGAGAGGCUGGAGAGAUCUCAGCUGGAGGUGAUGGACGUUCAACACAACCUGCUGGAGGACCUCCCACACAACCUGUUCAUCAAGGCCCAGAGCUUGCGCUAUCUGAACGCGUCAGCCAACAGGCUGGAGAGCCUUCCCCCAGCCAGCCUAUCGGAGGAGAGCUCCAGCAGCCUGCAGGAGCUGUAUCUGACCAAUAACUGCCUGACGGACAAGACAGUCCCUCUGUUGACAGGCCACUCCCACCUCAGGGUCCUGCACCUUGCCUUCAACCAGUUACAGACCUUCCCAGCCAGUAAGAUGGCUCGGCUGGAGCAGCUGGAGGAGCUGGAUCUGAGUGGGAACCGUCUUCGGGCCGUGCCCACCACCAUCCUGAGCUGUAGGCACAUGCACACCCUGUCUGCCCACUCCAACAACAUCACUGUGUUCCCAGAGGUUCUCCAGCUACAGGACAUCAAGUGUGUGGAUCUGAGCUGUAAUGAGUUAUGUGAGCUGGUCCUCCCAGAGUCUCUGCCCACUAAACUCCAGGAUCUGGAUCUGACCGGGAACCCCCGCCUGAACCUGGAUCACCGGAACCUGGAGCUGCUUAACAGUAAUAUCCGGUGUUUCAGAGUGGAUCCAUCUCCCUCGUCUCUCUGUGGCAGCGAGGGGACGGGGGGCCCGGCAGUCUGGAGCCACGGAUACACAGAGGCCUCUGGAGUCAAAAACAAGCUGUGUGUGGCAGCCCUGGCGUUGGAUAGUUUCUGUGGAAGCAGGGAGGCGCUGUACGGGGUGUUUGAUGGAGACCGGAAUGUAGAGGUGCCCUACCUGCUGCAGUGCACCAUGGGAGACGUCCUGGCCGAGGAACUGCACAAGAGCAAGAUCCAGGAAGACUACAUGACCAACACCUUCCUCACCAUGCAGAGGAAGCUGGGCACGGCUGGUCAGAGGCUGGGAGGUUCUGCCGCACUCUGCCACAUCCGCCAUGACCUGGUGGCCCCCGGCGAGCGCAGCGGUGGCUGUUUCACGGUGACGGCAGCUAAUGUGGGGAGGUGCCAGGCGGUGCUGUGUCGUGACGGCAAGGCCCUCCCUCUGUCCACCACACACACGGUCAGACAACAGGAAGAGUACCAGAGAACACGGCAGCACCACGCUGUUAUCACUGAGGACAACAAGGUGAACGGGGUGACCGACUCCACCCGGAUCAUGGGAUACUCCUUCCUGUGCCCGGCUGUGACCCCGCGGCCCCACGUCUCCACCGUAACCCUCACCCCUCAUGACGAGUUUUUCAUCCUGGCCAGCCGGGGCCUGUGGGACUCCAUGUCGGCGUGCGAAGCGGUGGACGCGGUGCGCAACGUCCCCGACUCGCUAGCGGCGGCCAAGAAGCUGUGCACGCUGGCCCAGGGCUACGGCUGCUCCGACAGCCUGUGCGCCGUGGUGGUUCAGCUCAGCAUCACCGAGGACAGCUGCUGCUGCUGCGAGCCCCCCCCGCCGCCCGCCAGCCCCGGGCCGGGAAGCCACGCCCCCCACCCCGGCUACGGCUCGGCCGAAGGGGCCCUGCCGCCGCCGCCGGCGUCCACGGGAAGCGAGGUCAGCAGCGAGGUCAGCGCGUCCGAGAUGAGCAGCGAGGUGGGCUCGACGGCGUCGUCAGACGAGCCGGUCAACCAGGCGGAGAAGGGCGCGGUCCCCGGGGGGCGCGGGGGGGCGGCCAGGCGGGGGGCGCGGGGGGGCGGGGCAUCGGUGUUCCAGAGGCAGUACUCAGGGGCUCUGUCCGACAACGGCCUGGACAGCGAGGACGAGGAGCCCAUCGCCGGGGUGUUCUCCAACGGGAGCCGGGUGGAGGUGGAGGCCGACGUUCACUGUCUGAGAGCAGCACACGCGUCCACAUCGCAGCGGACGCAUCACCCCUCACCUCCACCUCCACGCCGGUCAGCACCACCCACGCCCCUCCGCCAGCCCUCUCCUGACCCUGCAGGGGAAGAGCUGAGGGCUCUAGAGACGGUCACGGCUAAACACGUCGGAGGAGGGCACCAGGGGGUGUGGCCUGGAGACACUGGAGUAGGGUUGUACGGGAAUGGCGGAGAGGCACGGUUAGGGGCGGGCCCUGGUUUGGCCGGUAGGACUCUGGGUGGGACACUAGGGCGAAAGGGGCGGGGUAACGGCUCUGUGGCCUGUCAGGGGCAGAGUCAGGAUGUGAUCGAGGAGGCAGGCGACGCUCCCAUCAGGAAGCAGGGGGGAUACUUCAAUGCCCCUUCCCAGCCUGACCCAGAUGACCAGCUAAUCAUCCCUCCUGAGCUGGAGGACGAGGUCCGGGAGAUUAUGAAACAACAGGAACAGAGUCAGACACACUCCCAGGAGCAUCAGACACACCCCCAUAAUCAUCAGACACACCAUCAGCCAGUGUCUGCAGCGGAAUACUAUGCCACGCCCUUCUAACCUGUCAGUCACCGUACAGUUCUGGUUUAAACCCCUUUACAGCACAUCACACUGGGUUAGAGUAUGUCAGCUGAGGAGUUAUAGUAGGCUGGUGUCCCACGCAACACCUUAUUCAAUGUGAACCCACAGCUUAUUAAACUUGACAUGACACCUUAUUCAAUGUGACCCCACAGCUUAUUAAACUUGACAUGACACCUUAUUCAAUGUGAACCCACAGCUUAUUAAACUUGACAUGACACCUUAUUCAAUGUGACCCCACAGCUUAUUAAACUUGACGUGACACCUUAUUCAAUGUGAACCCACAGCUUAUUAAACUUGACAUGACACCUUAUUCAAUGUGACCCCACAGCUUAUUAAACUUGACGUGACACCAUCUUCAACGAGACAUUACACCAUAUUCAGCAGGACAUGACACCACCCUCGACAUGACACCACCAUUGACAAUACACGAUACCUUAUUCAGCAUGACAACACUUUCUUUGAUAUAACACCUUAAUAGCAUAGGACACCUUAUUCAAUAGGACAGGACACCUUAUUCAAUAGGACUGGACACCUUAUUCAAUAGGACAGGACACCUUAUUCAGUGGGACAGGACACCUUAUUCAGUGGGACAGGACACCUUAUUCAGUGGGACAGGACACCUUAUUCAGUGAAACAGGACACCUUAUUCAGUGAAACAGGACACCUUAUUCAGUGGGACAGGACACCUUAUUCAGUGGGACAGGACACCUUAUUCAGUGGGACAGGACACCUUAUUCAGUGGGACAGGACACCUUAUUCAGUAGGACAGGACACCUUAUUCAGUAGGACAGGACACCUUAUUCAAUAGGACAGGACACAUUCCUUGGGACAUGACACGCUAUUCAACAGAAUGCCAUCUGGAACACAAUAAAGUACUGAGAUCACAUAUGGAGGUGUAAUUCAUGAGCCUUGAUUGUUGGGAACCUUCCACUAGACAUUGUUAGUGGGUGUAAAUACAUGGCCCUGUCCUGAGACUGUCCUGAAGACACCUGCUUCAGACCAGCAAUACUGUUUCAUUAUUUACUUUUGUUUUAUAUUCCUAACUUUACGAACUCAGCCAGGAAGUACAAUGCAUUUUUAUAAAAUUACUUUUUGUUUCAAGGCAUUAUUUACAUGCUUCAUAAAGUUAAAGUUAAUAUAAUUUUUAUAUAAUUCUAUGUGUUGAAUUAAUUAAUGAAGCACUUUAAAAACAAAUGUAAAAAAAGAAAUGCAUAGAUACAUUUAUUUGGACUAUUCUGAAGCUGAAUGGUACAUUCCGCUGGUAAUGAGUAGUGGCUUUCUUCCCCCUGCCAGCCUGUACAUGUCCCAAAUGGCACCCCGCACAAUGCACUACAAGUAGUGCCCAGUGUAGUACCCAUGUGCACUACUUCAGACCAGAGGGCACUGCACUGAGAGGGAAUUGGGGUGCCAGUUGGUAGAUAAACAGUGCGUGGUGGCCCAUAGGCGUCUACAUUUCUAGGGUUAGAGGCUGAAUAGAGAGCCAUGCUGAGACAGACUAACUCCUAGGAGUUGCGUGCUCACAAGGGUGACCUAGUCAUUCAAGUGUACUAAUCUUCUCUGAGAGAAAAUGUUUGUUUUUUUGGUUUUGUUUUUUCUUUUCUUUUUUCCAUAUGAUCGUUGAUGCACACCAAGAUGUUGUUGUCUGCGUGUUGCAGGGGAGAGGGAGUGGAGGCAGGCAGAAGGCCUGAGGAGAACACUGAAGAGAGUAGAGGAUAAUACUGGCAUUACAAAGCUAAAUGAAUGUGUGGGCCCACUGUGAUGUGAUGGACUCUGGAUAAAGAUGCCGUGCGAAUCACACGAAAACUGCUUCAUUUGCUCUCUCCUUAUUAGGGAUCGGACAUCUAUUGACGACAUCCUUAGUUGCGUGUUGUUAUGUAGGUGGAGACUAAACAUAAACCCCAUCAAAAGCAUCCAGGCUCAGCAAAAACAAAUUUCAUGUCAACUAUAAAUAUUCGGUAACUAAUAAGGAGACAAUUCCUUAGUUGGGAACGAAGCUAAUAUAAUAUUUUUUUUUGUAACAAUAAAUCAAUAUUUUAAAAUAA